CUCAAGCAUCGGAAGUUCUGUGUCGCUCGCGGAUCGCGAGUCUGUAUGCUUGUAAACAUGAGGUAACCGGUGAAGAACCCGUCAGAUAACUACAGAGGAACAAAAAAUCCUGUUGAACAUAAUCAGAUACUAUUGUGAUGUGAAUCAACCGGGGGUUUUAAUGCCGACAGCCUCUGCACGUGAUUUUAAAUCGCUGACAUGGCCGCUGUGGACGCGAAUAAAGCCAACAUUCCCUUCGAAGAGGAUAGGCUAUUAUUUCCGGUGACUCACUAUGGUUCGAAUGACUGCAUGGAUGAGUAUAGUAACCCCAGGACGACUCGGCCGACAACAGAUGGCUGGAUAGGUGCUGGUGAAGAAGAGGAAGAGUUGCGCAGGAAGUUAAAAUAUUUCUUUAUGAGUCCUUGUGAAAAGUACCAAGCCAAAGGCAGAAAACCUUUUAAACUGGUUCUGCAAAUGCUGAAGGUUCUUAUAGUAACUAUACAGCUGGUACUUUUUGGCUUAAGCAACGAGAUGGCGGUGACGUUUAAAGAGGAAAACACAGCCUCGUUUAAACACCUCUUUCUCAAAGACUACGCUGACUCAGAUGACGCGCUUGCUGUUUACACACAGAGGGAUGUUUAUGAUCAUAUGCAUUACACAAUAGAACAGUACCUGGCUUUGCCGGAGACGACAGUGGGCCGCUAUGCAUAUGUGUACGAUGUCGGUGUGAACGGGAGUGCUCUUUCUCUGUGUCAGCAGUAUUAUAAAAAAGGCCAGAUUGACCCAGCUAACGACACCUUCAACAUCGAUCCGCAUGUGGUCACAGACUGUAUGGGUGUAAACCCUUUGGCCACUCCCACAGCAGGUCUGGGCCGCGAUUACAGAAACUUCACCCUUAAGUUUCACAAGCUCAUUAAUGUCACCAUACAGUUCCAGCUAAAGGCUAUAAAUCUUCAGACCAUCAUCCACAAUGAAAUUCCUGACUGUUACACUUUCUUCAUCACAAUCCUGCUGGAUAACAAAGCCCACAGUGGUAAAGUUAAGAUCAGUCUUGAUAAUCAGGCCUCCAUAAAGGAAUGUAAAGACCCAAGUGUGUCUGGACACGCUGAUAGUAAUGCUCGUGUGUGGUUUGAUGUGGCGGUUGCAGUGGUGUGUAUCUUCUCUCUGCUCCUCUGUGGUCGCUCUAUCAUCAGAGGAAUCAUUCUUCAAAAUGAGUUUGUAAAGUACUUUAGGAAUUAUCUGAACCGUGAUGUCUGUUGGGGGGACCGAAUGGAGUUUAUUAACGGAUGGUAUAUUCUGCUCAUCAUUAGCGACAUCCUCACGAUCACAGGGUCCAUGAUAAAGAUCGGCAUUGAGCUGAAGAACCUCUCAUCGUACGAUGAGUGUGGGAUCCUUUUGGGCACAUCGACGUUAUUGGUUUGGGUUGGAGUUAUUCGCUACCUCACUUUCUUUCAGAAGUACAAUAUUCUCAUUGUCACAUUACGAGCUGCAUUCCCUAAUGUGAUCCGUUUCUGUUGCUGCGUGGCGGUGAUCUACCUCGGGUAUUGCUUCUGCGGGUGGAUUGUGCUGGGACCCUAUCAUGUCAAGUUCCGCUCUCUCUCGCUGGUGUCGGAGUGUCUUUUCUCUCUGAUUAAUGGAGACGACAUGUUUGUGACCUUCAGUGGCAUGCAAGAGAGCAGUUUGCUAGUCUGGGUCUUCAGUCAGGUUUACCUUUACACAUUCAUCUCUCUGUUCAUCUACAUGGUGCUCUCUCUCUUUAUCGCUCUCAUCACUGGAGCUUACGAGACCAUCAAGCAUCAAACUCAGGAGCCGUACCACAUCACUGACCUGCACGCGUUCAUCGCUCAGUGCACCGACACACCCUGCUCUGGAAAGUUUCGCGGGAUCGAGACCUCACCCUGCUCGUUCUUCUGCUGCUGUGACAGAACCACCACAUACGAGGACGUCCUCCUCGUGAACUAGUGAAUGACGAGUCUCGACGCCUGACUGCACCUCCCUCUGCUGGUCACACUGCGCUAGAGCAACAGGACAGAAGCCAGUAAAAAGCUCCAGGCAAAAUACUCAAGAAGUCACAGUCGCUUCAGUUUGGAGAAGAGCAUUAAUGAAGAAUCGCUUCGGUGGGAAUAAACUAAUUUUACCUCCCCUUGUUUUUAGUUUGAACUCAAUUCUGGAGGUUGCCGCUGAUUAAAACACCUAGGAGGUUUGAAUCGAAAGACUAUUAGGUGAUAUGUACAGUAAUCACUCCCUGAAUGUUGAUCCCACACGUUGGUUGAGUGCACGUGCUGUGGUGUGCAAGUGGGUCACCAGUCGCCGAUACUGAGAGUCAAAGUGGCGUGUGUGACGGUGGUCAAUGAUUCAUAACUAUUGAGUGAUUCAUAUAACCUCUAGUCACGUGUAAUGUCUGCAUCAGAAGGUGUUUCUAAAGGAGACUGAACUGGCAGAUGUUAACCUCACAAGAUGAGAAGAUUAAACAUAGUAAAGUUGGCUCUUAUUCCACACGUUGAGCAGAAACAGCACUCCCAAAAUACAUGCUCUGCUAUGAAUUCAUGCUCAGAAUGCCUCAAAACCUUGGCCUUAACACUCUCUUGAUGUGUAUAGAUGGCUAUAAUACCUCAUUGUUGGAUGAGAUGUUGAAUAAGAUGAUUUUUAGGAUUUUGAUUCACAAAUUCAACCAUAAUGGCACCUCUAUUUUUUGACACUGAUUCAUUGUUUCAUAUGCAGACUGAAUCAAAUCACUCUGUUUGCUAGUGAAAUUAUAUUAGACAGCUUUACCCUUGCUGAUCUAGUACUUUAUAGAGGAAGACAGACUUUUACAGCUCCCCUCCAUCAGCUUUAUUUUAAUCUAUCGGUCGAGGACACAGCGUUCACAGUGGUGACAUAUUAAAACAAUAUAAAGCCAUUUUUAGUUUCUCCAUUAUACUUGACUUAUAAGAGAAGCAAGUAUAAAUAUUUAAAUCCUGGGGCCUGUGCAAGCUUUUACUCAAGUACACAAUAAGUGGGACCAUAUGAUAUGAUUUUGACGAUUUUCCUUUUUUUAUUUUAAUUAUACUGUAUGAUUUUAAUUAGUAGCUCAAUCAAUUUUUUUUUUGGCUCUGUUGUCUUUGUUUUAAAUGAGUUUAAAGCGCACAAUUUAUUUACAUGUGAAUCCUGCACUAAGUGGGGAUGUUGUAGAUGUGUACCUGAAGUAUUUCAUAUUUCAUUUUAUCCUGCUUAUUGUUUGAUUGUGUGAUGAUUUUUUUUUUUUUUGUGAUGAUGUGAACUUGUGCAAAUACAUGAUGUUAAAGAAUCUACUGACCUUCAAACUGGAGGAUUUUAAUUUUAGUGUCAUUGCACACUUUUUUUUUUUCCUGAACUUUGUUCUUGACAGGGUUAUAUGUGUUAUUUUAAUGUUUAUAUGUAUAUGUUCAAUACAGAGAUUUUCUAAAGUCUG